AUGGCCAACAAACGAGCACUCGACCCACCCCUCGAGCAAUCACCCACUUCACUCAACCAGGCUAAGAAAGUCAAGUUCGGAGCACUGCCCACUCUAUCAUCAUCUAAAACAGAAGGAAACAAGCCACCAUCGGGUUCAUCGUCUACAUUCGAGCCGGGCGAUGACGCGACCGAUCUCCAAUUCGACGAACUCAAUCAGGUGGGCAAGAUCAAGAAAGGGAAGGUCAAGGUGGACGGAUAUGACUCGGACUCGUCCACAGAAAACACCGAAGUCCGUAACAAUAAGAAGAACAAAUCGGCGGACGAGGAUGACAUCUUUGCAGACGAGAAGGAACAAACGGACGCAAAUCUUCUCAAGAACCAUCCCAAGUUUGAGAAGAUUGACGUCGGACUCAAGGAGGAUGGCGACUUGGGGGACGAUUAUUCGGAAGAAGAGGAAGAUUUCGUGCCGGGAGACGAGUUCGCGAAUGCUGAUGACGCGCCGAGAGCCAGGAGGAAAUCUAAAAAAGGCAUGGGCUUCUUGCUCAGUAAAUUUAACAUGGCCGAGGAACUUCAAGAAGGUCGGAUGGCUGCCGAUGGCAGCUACGUAGCCUCUGCCAAAGAUCCCGAAGCCGUUCACGAUAACUGGUUGGAGGGCGUGAAUUCUAAGAAGGCCAUCAAACAGGCCCGAGAAGCUAAACGGCUACGUGAUGAACAACUACGUACCCAGGCAGAGAAGGAAGAAAGUAUGACCUCACUUCGGACCCGUAAAGACUGUUACAUCGCCCUUCUAGGCCUCUUACCGGCGGGAGAUGGCCGAUCGGUUUCUCAGAUUCUAUGCCAACUGGGCAACGAUAAACGCGCCCUUCAACAAAAUAAGCCGAAGAGGAAGGUGGGUAAGAAGAGUGCGAUAGACAAAUUGGUGCCCGAGUCGAUGGACAUUGACCACGACGAUUCGGCGAAGGGCCACCGGGGCCGAUCGACGCAUGCCGAGCAGGAGGAAACGGGGAAUAUGACGACGGCGAUGACGACAAGCCAGACGAGAUCAGAUGAGGAGGUCAAGCUGGAUCGCAGGAUUGGAGAGAUCACUGACCUCGCAUCGAUGCUCAUGGGCACCCAUGGCGAGCUGGAUAUCUACGACAUGAGCCAUGGCUCGAUCACCGGGAUCUUGAAGAGCGAAGGCCUCGUUCCACGGGACUGGGUCCCGCUGAGUACCCAGGACUCCUCCCCAGCCAAUGUCCUCCAGCCAGACACCGCCCCACCCCAGCCGGUCCGGAAAUCCCUCAUCUCAAGACCCACUCUCGCCUCCUCUACACCUGCACCCCAGCAACAACAGCAGCAAUCACCUCAGAUCUACUACAAAUUCAUUAAGCCUGAUCCUGCCUCAAUCUCUGCCGGAUCCGGCGCCCCCGUCUACGGACCCUUUGAUAAACAAACCAUGCUUGCCUGGGCCCAGCAGGGAUUCUUCGGCCAGGACUUCCAGCUCAUCCUCGUCAGACUUCACUCCGCCACUGGGUCUGAUAACAAUUCUUCUUGGGGCUCUUGGAACCAAAUCGUCAAUUUUUAA